GGACCUAACUCUUAAAGCUUCAACUUUCGAUAUAGUGCCGGAUUCUAUCGUACUUAGUUAAAGGUAUAUACGGAUGACUAAUUUUAAAUAAACAGUCAUAUGUCCAAUUUUUUGUGUGUACAGUGAAGGAUUAUAUUGAUAUUGCAAUAAUGUUAAGGAGAAUACACAAAAUUUAGUAAAAUAAAGGAGUAGGUUUGUUUAGUAAAACGGAAGAAAUUCUCAAGUGGGUCGGGUGCGGAAAACGAAGAACUCAGUACACGGAAAGAUGAAGUUUUGCAGACGCUUUUAUCAGCGUCUAUAUGGCUUUCUCAGUUUACUUCUACUCCUUCAGGAAUGCCAUCCAGCAAUCAGAUCUGGAUUUACACAGCCUAAGUACAAAUCCCAAUCCAGUGGCAGAAAUCAACUUGAUGAUAGUGUGCCUUACAAUGAUCAAAGCGGAUAUGAUGGCGAUUGGUCUUUUAGGAAAACCAUCAACCCCAAAGGCUCGACUCCUAUUCAACUUAAGGUUGAACAUGACUACGAAGAUGAAAUCCAUUUUGCACCCAGGGGACACGUUGGCCGUAUUUCGAAGAAUGCAAGUAUUUCCAAAUACAGACGAUCAGUGGAGCAGAGAUAUGCGAAAGAAAACGAUGCUCAUGUGACGAUGGAAAUAAUAAAGGAACAACUUAACGCUUUGUCCAAGAAGUUCAUGAAGAAUCAAGAAGGUAUAGAAACUAAAGUUUAUUCGUAUAUUGAAUCAUGCUCAUCUCAGUAUAGCGACGAUUUAAACGUUUUCGGUAGCAUUAAAACUCCCACUGGUGUUAUAGUACGGCUGAUGCUAGCUGUGAUUUAUACCAUAGCUAACUGUCAAACUCUGUCGUUGUGGGUUAUUUCUGAAAUUACGGAACAGAUUGGGAAGAAGACGACUUUUGACAUGCUGCAAACUUUCGCCGAAAUAACAGAUGAUCUAUCAGAAAAGUCAAACCAAACUUCAGGAAUUUCCGAUGAUGACCUCGAUGAAGAUAUGACCAUGUCAGCUGAGGAAUCGACAUUUCUAUCUGUUUUGACUGCAGAAAACAUUUUAAAUACUCAGGAAAUGCUUAAAUUAUUUCAUGUUUUGGCGAACAAUGAACAGUUUGAGAACACGACUGAUUUGAAUGAGGUUCUGUCGGAAUUAGAUACGUUUAGCUUUACUGAACUAGUUGACAAACCUAACUACCGAUGGAUAAAAUAUCCAACUGCAUCAGAAACGAACACUACGAAGUUAGGUAAACAACCCGAGAUAGAUUUACUCGUUAAACGCUUGAAUAGUAAUGCAACCAAACGGCUAAUGCGUGAAAUAUCCAUACCAACAGUGUUAAGCCAUAACACCGAUAUUUUAGUUAUAUAUGAUCGAAAAUCAUACAAAUUGUUAAGCAGCACAGACGAAGGUUUGGCGCCAACGAUGAGGGACUACGAUAGUUCCACAUUGCCAGAACAGUUAUGGAUUCUUGACAGGGGUGCUCUAAUUAAUGUGGCAUCACGUUCAUCGAUUCAUGUCAGUUUUCAACAUAAUAUGUCAAAUAUAGUUUUACAAAAACAUACGAAUGACUUGGGACAAUGGUAUAAUUUUGGAGGUCGCCUAUCACACAUUGCAGGUAACAGUAACUGUUUCCUAGAUACCGAGCAUAACACAUCUAUUUCAAGCAGUCAUACUAAAAACCUUACCAUUCACUGUGAUAUUCAUAUACAGGACGUCGAAUUAGUAAUUGCGUCCUUUUCAGAUGUUAACACUCCUGAAACUUUGGCUUUACAUCAACCGGAAACUGUAUUUGUUGAUCCUAUUUCAAAACGAAUUGGUUUUAAAUUCAAGAUUUUUAUGUAUCUGUUAGGUUAUAUGAUUAUGUAUUUGUUCGAAGACAAACCAAGUAAAGAUGUUUCACACAACUCUUCCCAGAAGAACCAGGUUAAUCUUGAGGAAACGUUCUUUAUAAAACAUGAAAGAAAGCCAUGCAAGGUUCUCACUGCUAGUUCAGUAGAAGACAAAUAUCAAAUUUCAUUUGGAGAUUUUGCGGAGGACAUUAUAGAAUAUCAAUUAUGGUAUUGGAAAGAAUCUCAAAUUAUAAAUGUGGCUACACAGGCAGUACUGGAAACGAAUUAUGUAAUUAAUGAACAAAACGUACUCGAAGAAAACUAUGCGAAAUAUUUUAGAUUAUGGACUCGUGGAAACAAUACUAUUCAAACAUUUAAUGAAGGAAACUGUGAACUAGACAUCAACAGUUCAGCUAAAAACAUUCUUGUAAUUAACUGCAGCAGCCGUAGAGGUGAUACUCUGGUAGGACCAUGGUCCUUCGUACCCUUUGAUCAGCCAAACUUUGACAAUUUUCAGAAAGUCGUUUGUAUGUUCUUUAUCCAAACUUUUGAAUGGCCGUGUGAAUUCAUAUCAACAUCAGAGAUAUAUGCACCUUCUGUGACCCCUCUCACCGACAAUAUAUAUUCUCAACUUUGGUACAUGUCAAAUGGUAGACUUAUCAAUAUUGAUCUCGGUUUGGCAUUGACAGAAUUAAGCGAUGAUAGCGGUACAACAUUCAUAGGGCUGAACACUCUUAAUUCAAAAAACCUGACAACUUGGUAUGUGGGAGAUGGUCAGAUUUAUCCUUCAAGUUCUCGUAAUACUGUUCUGAGCAUCAAUGUUAGCAAAAAUGGAACACUUAGUGUCACUCAAAAUAUUAAUACAGUAACUCAACACUGGAAAAUAGUUGAUUUUAAAAAAGCCCUCCGUAACGAAACCGAUUUACAAUGUGCCGAUGCCAUCAGUAGAACCUUCAAUCCAUUCGUUAUAAGAAAUAACGCAAUCCAAGCUUGUAAAAUGUUAACUGUCGUUGAAAACAACAAUAGUUUUGAACUACAGAUGAAAGAUUUUGAUAAAUCCAUUUUAGAUUUUCAAACUUGGAUUAUCCACAGACGCCACAUCAUCAAUAUUGCAACGGGUUUAACAAUUGAACCUGAUUUAGACAACAAUAGUAGUUCAAUGGAUACAUAUCUAAUGCUUAGACCGUUACACUCUUUUCAGCAAAAUCAGAUGUGGCGUUUGGACGAUGACGGAUAUUUACGAUGGCAUUCAGAUAGUUCUUGUUGCAUGCAUUACCAUUUUGAUGAAACAAGUGAGAACCAAGAUACUUUAAGAAUGAAAUGCAAAGUUCAUCACGGAUCUAACUCUAUGUGGAAUUUUACUGAGCUACCGAAAUAUGAUGACUCUCCUGAUACUCUAGACUACAUGUGUAUGUAUUUCAUAAAGAGCUUGCAGGAACCGUGUCAGUUUAUCACUGCUAAUUUAAAUGAUGGCAGUCUGUAUCUUAGACCGAUGGUGCCCGAAUUCAUAGAGAAGCAGCUCUGGGUUUGGUCAGAGCAGAGCAUUUCGUUAGUGACAACUGGACAUUAUUUUGGUGGGUCUGAAUUAAAAACAAACAUGACAAUAUCGGAGUUAUUGCUGGUGAAUCCAGACGAAGGCAAUAUUUCUGCAUCGUGGAGGUUUGAUCAUAAGAAGUUAAUAGCAACCGAACAAGAAACACAUAUAUCAGUUGACAAAACUGACGACGGACAGCUUUUUCUUUCAAAUUCAAACGGAAAUAGCGGCAUAGAUCUAGCUUUUGUUCAUUAUAAUGCUUUUUUGCAAGACCUCAGCGAAGAUUUAUGUGGUCUCCCUAUCACAGAGACAAGCACUCUUUUCUUUCUUCGUUCAAAAAUAGACAAAUGUAAGGUCCUCACUGGAGCUGAGCUAGGAAAACGUCCUACAUUUGAACAUUUUAAUCAAGACAUAUUAGAAUCACAACUGUGGUUUUAUGAAGACAACCAUUUAAUAAAUUUACAUUCAAAUCUAGUUCUUCACGUAAACACUGAUAUUAGUAUAAGGGGAUCUCAUGUCACAAUGCAAAAUUAUUACAAAUAUGCCAAUGCACAGAAAUGGUUGGUGAGUGGAGAAAUGAUUUUCUUUGGCAAUUCGGAGGUUUGUGUUUUAGAGGUAAACCAAGCAACUUACCAACUGGUCAUCUGUUGCGACGUUCAUGGCGGAGACAAUCAACUUUGGGAAAAGAUAGAGUUUGACGAUGGCAGCAGUUAUAUAGAUGAAAUAACUUGCAUGUUUUUCAUACGACACGAACAAGUCCCAUGUGAACUUCUCACAGAUUUUGCGCACACUCCAUCACCUGCAUUGAGACCAGUAUCUGAAAGUAGUUUUAAUAAUCAGAUAUGGUACUGGAGCGGACAACAUAUUAUCAAUGCCGCCACUGGGCUAGUCUUGCAUGGUUCGGAAACAAAACAUGUGUCAAUGCGAAGGAAAACACAGCAUCUCGCCGACGGAGAAUGGAUUAUCAAUGGUAAUCAAGUUUCGCUUAGUUCAAAAUCAUCUCUAAUCCUUGGACUGAAUUCUGAGAGUGGACCAUACAGUUGUUUUACAAGUAUAGAUACUUGCAGAAUGCAAAUACCAAGUGGAGAGUCAUAGACUUGGAAUCAGGAAUAAAAUAUCCGUCUCAGUUAAGCUGUGAAAGCACUAUACAUUCGGCAAUAUAUUUAAUCAAAAGUGAAGAAGAACCUUGUAAUGUACUGACAGAGAACGCGUAUGGAGACCUUACCCUAAGCAAGGCAGGUCAUGAAAGAGACAAUCAAGCAUGGGUACAAAUAAGGAGACAUAUUGUUAGUGCUAAGACAGGAAAAGCAUUAAGCAUACGUGAAUUUACAAAUGGAGCAGGAGUGAAAACGGAAAGAAGGUUUGAGCAUGAGUUAAGACAGCAUUGGACUCGGCAUGGUUCUUCAGUACGAACAAAGGUAAAGGGACAGACAAAAUUCCUUGAUUCCUAUAAUGAUGUAUGUAUUUACAACCAAGACGAUUCCAAUGGACAGAAAUGGACAUGGCAUAAUAUUAAGGAUGUUGAGAAGGAGACCAAAUUGCUACGUUGUUCUAAAUGCUUCGAUAAAGGUGAAGAAAAGGCCAAUGAAGUUAUGUCUUAUAUUCCAAUAUUUGGUUGGAUAUAUUCUUUAAUUAGAGCCCCUGUUUAUGCUGCAAAAGGUUGUGACGACGUUGCUGUAGAAAGUCUUAUAUCGUUUGGUCAAGAUUUAGCACUCGAUUUGAUAUUUGCUGCAGUUACUGUCCUUACUGCUGGAACAGCGUCGGCUGUGGCUUAUGGAGUUUAAACAGGAAUUAAGUUUGGUUUUAAAGCAGGCUUAAAGGCUAGUCUUAGAGCGAUCACAUCGUCUAUCAAAUUAGCAGUUCGUCAGGGACUUAAUGUCGGCAAAGCUGUUUUGAAACAAGGUUUAAAGAAAACUGUUGUAAGCUUAUCUAAACGGGGAUUUACUAGUCUCAAAUACUCGAUGAAAUCAACUAUGAAAACAGUUAAACAUUUACCCAAAAUAACAAAGUCUGUGGUUUUCAAAACAGGAAAAUCAGUAAAGAAGAUAUCGACAAAGGUCUUCGACAGAGUGAGGUCAACAACAUAUGGCUCUUUUAAAUCAUCUGUUAAUUCUGGCCUCAGAAAAAUACCAAAAGUUCUCAAAACUCGAAUUAAAAAAAUAGGGAACAGAUUGGCAGAUAAUGCCGAAAGACGUAUUAAGAAGUUUGAUCAUAUAAAAAACAAAAAGCCCAAAAGCCAUGUACGCUGUAAGCGCGGUGGAUCAACUUGUAAGA